AUGGCCGGAAUCACCGCUCACUCCCAAUCCCAACAAUUCGAAGACGACGAAUUCAAUGAGCUGAAAAAGACGGGCGUCUCGUGUGAUCGUCUCCGACAGGCGCUGAAAAAGUGCAUCAAGAAUUCACAAUGCGUCCAAGUCCAGGCCCGAUCCGCCAAGGAAUGUAUCGAUGCGCACGACGGAAGUGUACCCGACAAGUGCUUCGCCGUUCUACAGAACUUUACCGAGUGCAAGCGAUCGCUAGUCGACAUGCGAUCCCGGUUUCGUGGUCGCAAAGGGGACCUUUAA